CCGUCGCUGGAGCUAUAUACUCUUGACCAAGAACUGGAACAAGAUGGUAUCUGUGCUCCAGAAUGUUAAGACAACAAUGGGCUGGCAGAAACACCAGCUCCUAGUUGACCUCAAUGAGAAUGAGAGCCCUGUGCCUGACAAAUUUAAGAGAAGGGCUUCUUUGAGUUCUCUUAAUACCAUACGCAUGUCUCUAAGGAAGCGAAUACCUUUAAAGCAAGUAGAGCUGAAUUUCCACGAGACUCCAACUUGGGAAAGUCUGGAAGGAAAAGACAAGUACCAAACUCUCCAGAGCAUCACAAGAACAGCAAAAAACACUUUGGGAAAAGUGUCCCAGAAAAUACAGAAGUCUUGCCAAAAACCAGUACACUCACUAGUGGCCUUUCCAGCUGAACCCAUUGCCAGGAGAAGCUGUGCAGCCAGCUCUUCCAAGAAGAGAAGCACUCCACUUCGAACCCCUUGCCAUAAGAAAAGUGUUACUCCAGCAGCCAGUUCCAGAGACACCCCAAGAUCCAGCAAGAGAGCCUUGCUUGGGCCAACAAGAAUGACAGAGCAGAGAGAAUGGAGGCGUUUCUCAUGCUGGCUUGGUAAAGAUGCUGUCCCACUCCGGAGAUCAAGGAGAGCAGCAGCACUAAAGAGUCCUUAUUCAUCACCUUCUGCUAACAGAAGGAUAGAGUUUGACUGCGAGCUGGAACUGGUCUCCUCGGGGAUUUGCCGACUGAAGCGUCUCUCCCAGGCAUUUGAUGAGGCUGUUGUGCAAGAAGAGAGGCAACAAGCAAUAUCAAUCUACAACUAUCUAAUGACACAAAACUUGCGGUUUCUGCACAAUCUCAAACUCUUUCAAGCUAUCAGAAGGCAAGCAAAGAAUCUCCAUCAAGCUGUUUGUACUUAG